AUGUCGGCGCCGCUGUCCCCUCGAGGAGAGAAUCCGCCGCAUCUGCGACUCAACUCUGGCUCGCAUGACAUAAUAACAGACGACAACUCGCCGCCGCAAUUGCGACCGAACACAGCACGAACGAACUCGAUACGGUCACUCACCACACCUCUUCGACCUGGCACUGCACCGAGCCCCGGCCUUCGAUCAGCGACCAAUGUACCGAACAUCUAUUCCAAUGUCGGUCUUGCAGAGUCCGGCGACCUUUUACUUCCACCGCGGAAAUCCAAGAUGAAGCCCUUCAGAGAUGAAUCGCCGCUGCGCUCGCCCUCUGUCAUGUCCUCGCGGCGCACGAGUUGGGAGUCUGACAUGUCGUCGAGAGGGCCAUUUGCCUCACCUUUCGAUGACUCACGGGCUCCAUCGAGAGCAGGCAGCGAAGAAGACCUCAACACACAGACAGUGUCCGAGAAGUUCAACAUCCACCCGUCUUCUGGGUUGCUGCUGUUUCCGGAAGAUGUUGAGGCUGACGACGCACUACACAAUCCUGAGCCUGGCGAGAAGGAUAAGCGGGAUUGCGACAUCUUCACAAGAAGAGGAAUAAUCAACUUGGGCGGCCUUGGAAUCAUGAUGCUUGGACUGCUGUUCUUGUUCAUUGGUUACCCUAUCCUUACCUUCGUCGAUAAGUUGACCGAGAAGGAAGUCGGGCCCUGCACAAACAACCCGCUAUGCAUCAAGGGCAAGGAGCACGAGCCGCUUCUGACAAACCUGCGAAAGGGCCUGAUCGACCCUGACACACCUCAGUCUGCGAUGACUCGCAAAUCGGCGGAUGGCUCUACGCAGAAGCUGGUUUUCUCUGAUGAAUUCAACACCGACGGGCGUACCUUCUACGACGGAGAUGAUCCAUAUUUCCAGGCUGUGGACAUCUGGUACGGUGCCACACAAGAUCUGGAGUGGUACGAUCCCGAUGCGGCUUAUACUGAGAAUGGUACUCUGAAUUUCAAGUUCGAUCUGUUCAAGAACCACGGCCUCAAUUACCGAUCCGGCAUGGUCCAGUCAUGGAACAAGCUAUGCUACAAGGGAGGUCAUUUAGAGGCCAGUAUUUCAUUACCCGGCAAAGGUGACGUCAGCGGUUUCUGGCCUGGUUUCUGGACCAUGGGCAACCUGGCUCGGCCUGGAUACCUCGGUUCAACCGAAGGCCUGUGGCCGUACAGUUACCACGACGAGUGCGACGUUGGUAUUACUCCCAAUCAGAGCUCAUAUGAUGGUCUGAGCUACCUUCCCGGCAUGAGGCUCCCUGCCUGCACAUGCAAGGGCGAAGACCAUCCUACCCCUGGCAAGUCUCGCAGCGCUCCCGAAAUCGAUGCUCUUGAAGGCUCAGUUCACUUCUUGGGACCUGGAGAGAGCAAUGCUGUGGGUGUGGUCUCUCAAUCCUUCCAAGCUGCACCUUUUGACACUUGGUACAUGCCUGACUACGCAGAACAAUUGGAGGUCUACGACAACACGAUCACUAUGAUGAACGCCUACAAGGGUGGACCUUACCAGCAGGCUAUCUCCGGUCUGACGAACUUGAACACCGACUGGUAUGAUGGCAAGCAGUACCAAAAGUACGCAUUCGAAUAUAAGCGAGGAAACGACGGAUUCAUCACCUGGUACGUGGGUGACGACAAGACCUGGACAAUGAAGGCCGCAGCCACUCGCCCCACCGGCAACAUCGGUACUAGAACCAUUCCAGAGGAGCCCAUGUCCAUCAUCGCCAACUUUGGCAUGUCCAAUAGUUUCGCAGCCAUCGACUUCAACCAGAUCGCAGCCAUGUUGCCCGCAGUCAUGCGCAUCGACUAUAUCCGCAUCUAUCAAGAAGAGGGUGAGGAGAGCGUAACCUGCGAUCCCGAAGGUUAUGAGACCACCUCGUACAUCAAGGCCCAUCCGGAUGCGUAUGCAAACCCGAACUUCACAGACUGGGCGUCGGCCGGCUACCCCUGGCCGCAGAACUCGUUCAUGCACGACUGCACAUAA